UGUUUAUUUUACAUUUAAACGAAUCAACAAACAGAACAGACAUUUAAAUUCUCCCGUUUCACCAGAAGACACCUCAAUCUACUGGAGCCUCGCCCUCCAGCCUCGAAGAAGAAAGUUCACGGUAACCAGGCAACGGACAGAAGCGACAGGACCGCAAACACACGAAAUUAUUUUACUGUCUUAAAAAAUCACGCAAGAAAAAAACCACAUCAUGUCCUGUGCUGCCGAAGACCCCCCCGAGCCCAGGUCCAUGAGCAGAGCCAGGCAGUGGACAGCAGAGGUGGAGAACCUGUUCCGAUUCCAGCUGGCAGGCUACAGGGAUGAAGUGGAGUAUUCACAAGUCAAACUAGGAGCUUCGGUGGACAAAUGGCCGCAGUCCGGCUUCGUGAAGAAGCUCCAGCGUCGAGACGACACGUUUUAUUAUUACGACAAGAAACGUGAAUGUCAAGACCGAGAAGUCCACAAAGUCAAAGUCUUCACAUAUUAG